AGAAGCCUCGACGUCAUUAGAAGUCUCAAUAUGGAGGACAGCCGACGGUAGUGAUGUGAAUUUAUCUGUGUUUUUCACUUAAAACAUGCCUAGAAGACGAAAUGGAGAGUUACCAUUACCUUCUGGAUGGGAAAUUGGGCAUGAUUAUGACGGGAAAAUAUAUUUCAUCGAUCACAACAACAAGAAAACCACAUGGAUUGACCCAAGAGACAGUUACACCAAAGCUCAGACAUUUGCUGACUGCGUAGGCCACGAACUACCUUAUGGGUGGGAAGAGUGCUUUGACGGCCAGAUUGGUGUCUACUAUGUUGAUCACAUUAACAAACAAAACCAAAUUGAGGACCCCAGACUAGCAUGGCGGCAAGUUCAGGAGGCCAUGCUGUCUGAAUAUCUUUGUUCGGCGCAGAAUGACCUCAGUGCCAAGCAAGACAUAAUGCAGGUCAAAGCACAGCGACUUGCACUGGCUCAGGACGAGUACCAUCACCUCAAUGCUACACUUACCAACCUGUUCAGCUCAAGAUCCUCGUUAAGUUCAGGUGGAAGUGGGACUGGCCGAUGGGACCCAGACUUGCUCAAGACGGACGUAGCCAUGGCCAGAAGUCGUGUCGGUCGCUUGAAAAGGGAACUCCAUCAGAUCAAACAUGAAGUAGCUAACACAGAGGCUGGCAUGCAGACACUAGCACAAGUUCAAGAAAAGCUAAGUGGGCUAACUACAGGCUACAGUGUUGAAGAGGCCCAAGUUAUCAUCGCUGAGCUCAAGAAUAUUGAAGAGUCACUUCGAGCGGGAGAGAAAGAAAAAGCAGAGCUCAUCAAAUCUUUAACAGUUUUGAGAGAAGACAUUAUCUCUGCUGAAACAACUCAGACUAUUGAAGCCAAUUUGGAGAAAGCCUCAGAAAAGCAUAGUACUGCAUCACAAACGGAUUUUGGUGGCGAGGGUAUGCCUCUUGGUGCACGCUUGGCUGAGCUUACAAGACUCAAAUUAGAAUAUGACUCUGCAAAGAGUACACUAAAAGGGUUGCAGCAUGAUUUAGCUGGGCUAGAAGAAAGAUUAUCACCGGAGGAUCUUCAAGGCGACCGUGACCGGGUAGUUCUAAUUCAAGAGAAGGAGCAGCUGCUUAGGGAAUUCCGAAGUGUGCGAUCCUACACACAUGACCCGCUACAGGUAUGUGAACUGGAGGAUAAAAUCAACCAACUGGAGUGUGACUUAGCCAAGGCCUUAGAGGUUAGCAAUAAGGCAGUGGCUGAGCGACUGUCUUUACAAGAACAACGACAAGAUCUUUUGUGCCGUUUGCGUGACACUGUGCGCAUUAUGGUGGGUCUUGAAGGACAGCUACGUUCAUUAUCUGCAUCAACUCUUUCUGUGUCGUCUUCAUCAUCACUUGGAUCACUCUCCACAUCGAGCAAGGGGUCAUUAUCCAGCUUGUCAUUUACUGAUAUAUAUGGUGGACAGCAAUACUCGUCAAGUGAACAUGUUGCUCUUAACAUGACAGAACUUCAAAAGCGUGUUGAAAGGUUAUUAAAGUCCAACUCUGAAGCGGACAGGCAGUAUGCGGAAAAAUUGCGGUCAUUAGAAGGAGGUAGUGGAAAUUCAGCCGCAUUGUCUCAGUCCAUGUUAUCCUUAUCUCCGCGGAGCUCCCUCUCUUCUCUAUCCCCACCUACCUCUGCCUGUGAAGCUCUUUCAGGCAUGGACCCUCUUGGGCCACCUCGGUUUACUCCAGGGGAAGGGGGCUGUGCAGGAAAUGGACCACAUGCCAAUGUAGAUCUUAGUACGGUACAGGACCGCUUAGCAGAAUUGUGUCUUGCUCCUUCGACUGAGCCUGGUGCUUUGUCCACGUCACAUGUGGCAAAGGUUUCUGUUAAACAGUUGGACUCCACGCUAGCAGGAAACAAACAAGUGAAAGAAUUGACAGAAUAUGAUUUUAAUGUUGCAAACACGAGUGUUAGUGGUGUGUUAUUAGGAAGGGCGAGUGGUGAUAGUGAUGUGUUAUAUGAGGAUGAGGAGGAGGAAGGCUGUGUUGGUGAAAGUGAAGAUGGAAAUAUACGAACAAUGUCAGCGGCAGUGAGUGACGAAUCUGUAGCAGGAGACUCGGGAGUUUAUGAAGCCUAUCCCAAAGGAUCAGCCUCGCCACCGGAAACACCACAGGUGCAAAUUAAAUUAAGGUACAGCAAACAGGAGAGCUUGCUUAACGUGGGGGUGGAGAGGGCACGGAACCUGUCCAUGCUCAACACGGAGGAAGGCUGCAAAGUGUGUAUUAAGGUACAGCUGUUCCCUGCAGGUGCAGCGACAUUCACUUGCUGCACGCACCUGGACACUAACACGGAAAGACCAACUUUUGGGGAAACAUUUGCAUUUCCUGUGGCACCGCGUAAGCUACCAUCCAAGACACUGCAAGUCAAUGUGUGGGCAGUCAGUGACACCAAUGAGACUUUCGAUGAGGAGUGUGUGGGAUAUGCUCAAAUUAGUCUAGCAGACUUCUGCCUAGACUCGCCACAAACUCGGUGGUACAAUAUUCUCAACUUUGCUAUGCUGAGACCAGACCAUUUGACCCGGGAUGACCAAUCUUCCAAAUCGUCAACCUUGCGAUCUUCCGUCUCGGCUUCAAAUGUUAAAGAGGAGAGUAGUGAUGAAUCCACAAUCAUAUCAUCACAGACCUCUACUUUAACUCGUAACCUUGGACCUGAAGCCUUGCGUCUCAACCUACACCUUACCUCGGAGGACUUCGAGCACGUCAUAGAUUCUGAUGAUGACGACGAUGAAGAGGAAGAGGAAGAAGAACUAGAAGCAGGCCAGGAAGAGGUCAUGGAAGAAGCUCUGGAAAAUGCUGAGGACACAGCUGUUGAGGGAGACUCGACUGAUCAGCUGGUCGAGAUGGCUGAUAAGGAGACCAACACAGAGUGCAUGUUUAUGCCCCUGUCGGCCAGUCUGGCAGGGUCACGCACGUCCCUCGCACCUCCAAGGGUCGAGGGGACCGACCCCAAGCCUGGAAUCCCAGUGAUAAAGAGGUCGCAGACCUUUACUCCAUCUGCUGCAGUGGGCAAGAGCCACUACGUCUGUCGGCUGAACCGCAGUGACAGUGACAGCUGUGUGCCCAUGUACAGAAGGGCACCAUUCCAACGUGGAACAGCAGAAAGGAGAUCUUUGAGAUGGAAAGGACGUCUUGGGGGAUCUUUAAGAUUGUCAUCUAGGUCACCUGGGUCAUCAGGAAUGAAGGGCGGUCGAACUUCCCUGGAUCUCGAGCUGGAUCUAGCAGCCCAGCAACGGCGUCUCCGUCAACUGCACGAAGAGUUGGAGGGAUUAAGAAUCCUCAAGAAUCAGUUAGAGAGCGUGAAGAAUUCGCCUGACCCUCCAUCAUGGUUGGCUGACCAGACCACCAUGACCAGUGUCCUAACACAGGCUACUAAGGGUGGUGGUGUCAAAUCACCAGAAGAUCGAAGGAUGGAGAAAAUGCUAAGGAAAACGUCAAGAGAAAUUCACAAAUUGCGAAAUUCAAAAACUCCAAGAGGUCAGCCUGAUGUUGUAUCAUUUAAAGAGAAGAUGGCAUUCUUCCUAAAGUCCAGUCCCACCAUUCCUCCACUAAGUAUGGAUUCAGAUGGUGAAGUAGCAUCUCCUACUGAACCACUCGGCCCUCUUCAUCCUACAUUGGCCACCACACUACCAUCGUAUUCGUCUGCUACUUCAGACCAGAAAAACUCAUCUCAUUCACCAUGCAUUUCAAGACUACCACUUCCAAGCACAGAUCAAAAGUCUGGUGAGCACACUCCCACACAGUCUCCACACACAUCAUCUCCCUCAUCACCAACACCCACUUCAACUGCUACUUCAUCCCCCAUGCCUGGCUCUGCCUCUCUACUGAUGAGACAGUUAACUGCCAGACAAUCUACCACUGGUGCCAUUCCCAAAGUCUUCCGUCCUGAUGUACUUUUCAGCACGGAAGACCAGGGUGUGGAAGUCUGAUCUUUCCUUCAAAAGUUAGAGUAAACCUUUAAAAAUCAGUGGUCUCAUAUAUUCAUGACUGUGUUCAUCCAGUAUCACUAGGCUUACUUUUAUUUAUUUAAAGAGACUCUGGAGUUCAGCUAGGACAGACAAAGAACUUUUAGUAUUUUUAAUUGCUGAAUCUCAUAGUUUACAGAUCGAAUCAUUGACACAAGACUGGUGUAUAGAUGUCUGCUUUCUUCAGAGAUCUCAUCUUUUACAUAAAGAGGCUUCCAUAAGCCUGUGUUACUGGGUGGACAUUUCAUGUUUCACUCACUUGACGGUAAGAAUCCCUGUGGACGAGAUGAACUCGUCCACAGGGAUCUUCACAGUUUAUUUUUGUUAUAGAUGUGUUAAAAGCCACAAAAGAUCAAUGUAUGGCAUUAUUUGCUCAUAAGGCAAAGAGGUUAUAUAUAUAUAUUUAAGGCUUUUUGUUGACUUAAAAAAUCAUUUCUAAUGCACAGCCCAUUAACAUGGGAGUGAUGGAAUGUCACAAAUAGCGUAAAGGGUCUAUGUGCUGUGCCUUCUACUAGUGAUACUUCCCUCUUGUCUUCCACUUUUCAGGAGAUUUUAAUAAUUCUCACAUGAUCAUACUCAUAGGAAGACUGUGCAAAUGUGUUCUGUAGAGACGUUUCAACAGUUCUUGGAAGUGUUGGUGAAUGCCUGUGGUAAGGCUAACCUCACUAUUAUGCUAGAAUACCAAGGCUUACCUGUGUACCUGCUCUGUCUCCAAUGUUGAGGAGCGUGUCCACUAUCUAUAUAUUAUGAAAAUACUAUUAUUAAAAAAAAAAUAUAGAAAGUAGGCACUCUCCUUUGUAGGUUUUAAAGAAGAAAUGUUUUAAAAAUAGACCUCGGGUCCAAACCUGAUGUUAAAGCAUGCUUGUAUAGUCUUUGAUGUUAUUCCCAGAAUUGUUGAAAGGUUACAUAUUUUGUAUAAAGGUGGAAGAAUGCGUUGGCAGCUGUUGUGGUACUGAAGUGUUGGUAACCGAGAACAAGCAAUAUUAGUCGUGUUGGAACUAAGUCUUCUACUUCCCUGUAUCUUCACUUUUUACAUGGUCAUGUUUUUAUGGCUGAAACCAAAUUAAUUUUAUAUAUUUGUACAUUGAAUAGGGCCAGACUUAUGAAGAGUAUUUAUAUAUUAUCUAUAUAAUAACUUGUUUAUAUUAUGAAUAGAGUUAUUGUCUGCUAACAGAUUGAUACUAUUACAUUAUUAAUAGUUGUGUCCAAGAGUAAGUACUAACUUGUUACAUUUCAAACUUUCACGCAGAGAAGUUGAACCAAAAAAAUAUAUUGUAAAUAUGUAAAUAGAAUUAUAUAUACUAUUUCCAUGUGCCUUUGGCAGGUACAAAUUUGUUAUUUAUGCUAACAAAUAUGAAAUGAU